UCCAGCAGGUUCCUUCAUAAAUGGAUGCUGUAUAUAUACCGGGUCCAAUGGCGCUGCUGGUCUCAGUGUGGCCUAUCCGGGUUCAGGAUGACGUGGGUUCGGCUGCAAACGAUCUUCCUCUGCUCGCUGCUCAUCUCUAACAGCCACACUUCUUCCUCCUCCUCCUCUUCCUCCUCCUCUUCUGCUGAUGCUGCCGGCAGCUCCAGGUGCAUCAGCGCCGACGAGAUGAGUGGUCGUGUUGACAAGUUUCAGAGGAGAUACUGGGACAAGCUGAGGGUUUCUACAGACCUGCAGCCGCUGCGGGACGCCAGGACGUGCGCACAGACCGCCGCAGGAAUGCCCGAAGACCUGAACAACCGCUCCCUGUCCCCGUGGAGGUACAGCCUGCACGAAGACGUCGACAGGAUCCCUCGUGAGAUCGCCUUUGCCGAGUGUCUUUGCCAGGGCUGCAUCAUUAACCAGCGUGAAGAGCUGAGCUACAACUCUGUGCAGGUGUUUGCUUGGCUGAUGGUCCUGAGGAGGACUCGGUGCCCACGUGACCCCGACAAAUAUGUGCUGAAAAGGGAUUUUCUGAAAGUCCCCGUGGCCUGCACAUGUGCUGUGCCCAGAUAUGCUAAAUGAUCAAAGAUCUGAGCUUUAUUUUGUUCUCUUUAUUAACCAAGUUAACCAAAACAAAAUAAUCCUUCUCCAAUCUUGUAGUGAAGUUUAUCUGUUUCUUUGUGAAUUCGUGUCAUUAAGUCAGUUUUAUGUUUGUGGAAAAUGUCAUUUUUUUAAUUUAUCCAGUAUUUAUACCUGCAAGUCUAAUGACACUCCCACCAGCCUCACCUGCACUUUGUUUAAAAUGUUACACAUGUAUCUGCUGGAGAUCAACGUGCCGCUCCCAUUGUGAGCAUGUUUAUGAUAGCAUUAGCAUUUAGCUCAAAGCACGACUGUGCCUAAGUACAGCCUCACAGAGCUGCUAGCAUGGCUGUAGCCAAUUAGUCUAAUUUAAACGUUUAAACAAAAAUCACUGGACUUUGUUCAAAUCAUGAAGGUGUUGAAGGUAAAUAACAAGAACAAUAAUCUGAUGUUUGAAUGAGCGUCUGCUUCAGAUGACCUGACAAAUUGUCUAAUAGGUAACUAAAUCAUGCAAGGAGGACUGCAGCAAGUGAUUACUUUCUUUAUCGAUUAUCCUGUCAACUAGUUUUUAAAAUGAAUUUUCUUCAUUUUUUAAUUUAUCCAGUCUAUGAAAUAUUGCAAAUACUUUAUAAAGGUCUGAAAAUGACCAAACUACAACAACAACAUUUCCAGCAGCAUUAACUGUCUGACCAACAGGCCAAAAAUGUUUUUUAAACUGCCAUCAAUUAGUCUUCUAAUUGAUAAUAAUCUUACUGUAUAAUUUCAGCACAACCUAAAAACAUCAACAAGGCUGUCACACACCACCAAAUGCUCUUUGAAGUAUUUAUUUAGAGUAACAGUUUACACUGACUGAUCAAUGUGAAACUUAGUAUUAUAAAUGUUCAUUUUACGGCACAGAGGCGAGCAGCUAGAAAUACACCCAAACAUGUUCUUAUCGUUGACUGAGGAGACCAGAGCCGUUCUCAGUCUGUACAGUCAAUAUGAAAUAUGAAUGCAGUGGAGUAAAACAGUGAAGAAGCAUAAAAUGGCAUAAAAUGGAAAUGCUGGAGUACAAUACUUGAGUAAAUGUACUUCAUUAAACCAGAGCCUCUUAGCACCUCUGAAGAUCAACAGCUACAUUUAUUAGGUAGACUUUAUUAAUCUCACAUUGGAGAAAUUUACUUAUGUCUCAUUUGUUGAAAUGACCAAAAAAAAAGAGAAAAAAUAGUGUAAGUGUAAAAACGGCUGUUUGACACUCCAACGAUUGUCUUUACACUUUGACAGUCAGGCUAGCCACUUUCCAGUCUUUAUGCUAAGCUAAGCUAACCGUAUCUGUCGGCCCACAAUUGACUGUCGAGCACGAGAGCGGCAUCAGUCUUCUGAAUCAGCGAGUUUCUGAAAAUAUCAAACUGCUCCUUUAAAAUAGGACAGCGUUUAGGCACAUGCACAUUAUGUGCAAGUCAUACACAAGUUACA